GGCACCGGCCAGAGCGUGAUCCAGGACCUCACCCUUCUUCACCACCUGCACCAGCAUCCCCACCGAGACCUCUUACUGAGUGGCAGAGGCGAGGGCGCCCCUGGGAGCUCGGGUGAGCCAAAGCACGAUGCCCAGGUCAAGAAGGCAAAGAGGCCAAAGCCAGAAACUCAGGGAAUCAAAGCCAAGCGGAAGCCGAGCGCUUCAUCCAAACCCCCCCUGGUGGGAGACGCAGAAGGUGCCGUCGCGUCCCCCAGUCAGAAACCUCACGUCUGCGAACACUGCAGCGCUGCCUUCAGGAGCUCCUACCACUUGCGCAGGCACGUGCUCAUUCACACGGGGGAGAGGCCUUUCCAGUGCAGCCAGUGCAGCAUGGGCUUCAUUCAGAAGUACUUGCUGCAGAGACACGAGAAGAUCCAUAGUAGGGAGAAGCCCUUCGGGUGUGACCAGUGCAGCAUGAAGUUCAUCCAGAAGUACCACAUGGAAAGACACAAGAGGACGCAUAGCGGAGAAAAGCCAUACAAAUGUGACACUUGUCAGCAGUAUUUUUCAAGGACCGAUAGACUGUUGAAGCACAGGAGAACUUGUGGUGAAGCCAUAGGUAAAGCAGGGGCUGGAAUGGAGCCCGGGUCAUCAAGUAGCAUGGGUAGCCUGGCUGCGUUGUCUCAGGGAAAUACAAGUUCCUCAAGGAGAAAGAGUAAAUCGAAAAGUACAUCCACUGAAAGCAAAGGAAGUAAGUGUAGCGGCAAAAUAACUGAGUCUCAAGUUACGAGUAAUGUGGCCAUGCCAAAUUAUGCAGUUGAUAUUCCUAUUGUGUCUUCCAGUGGUGGUCUAGUUGGCACAGGCGUAGAAGAACUUCAGAAAAAGGUGCCAAAACUGAUCUUGAAAAAAGGAAGCAGAAAACAGGCAGACAAAAAUUACCUUAAUUUUGUAUCACCACUGCCAGAUAUUUUGGGGCAAAAGACACUGUCUGGGAAACAGAGUGGCUCUCUAGGCCUAGUAGCCAAUACCGGUGUAGAAACUAUUGGCCUUCUCCAAAGUGCAGGUGGUAAACCAGGUCAGAUAAGUAGCAAUUACGAUGAUGCCAUGCAGUUUUCAAAGAAAAGAAGAUACUUACAAACUGCAAGCAGUAACAGUGCCUUUUCAAUUAAUGUCGGACACAUGACUUCCCAGCAGUCCGUCAUCCAGUCUGCAGGUGUUAGUGUUAUGGAUAGUGAAGCUUCAUUAUCUCUUAUUGAUUCAGCAUCUUUAAACAGCGAAAUAAAGUCUUGCCAUGACAAGUCUGGUAUUCCUGAUGAGGUCUUACAGAGCCUUUUGGACCAGUACUCUCACAAAUCGGAAGGCCAGAAGGAAGAUCCUUUCAGUAUAACUGAACAACGUGUGGACUUGCACACCUCAGGAGAACAUUCAGAGAUGGUUCAGGAAGAAAACUUGAGCCCUAACUCUCAGACAGUUUCAAAUGACAAGGCAAGCAUGUUGCAAGAAUACUCCAAAUACCUCCAACAAGCCUUUGAAAGAACAACCAACAGCACCAGUUUUGCUUUUGGACCCAGUUUCCAGUUCGUUAGCUUGUCUUCAACGCUCCAUAACCACACUCUGUUUCAAGACAAGCAGAUAUACACUACAUCACCGCUCGAGUGUGGCUUCAGCCAAUCCGUUACCUCAGUGUUGCCAACUGCGUUGCCAAAACCUCCAUUCGGGAUGUUGCUUGGGUCUCAGCCAGGCUUUUAUUUGUCUGCUUUGGAGGCUACGCAUCAACAGUUGACUCCUUCUCAAGAGCUGGAUGAUCUCAUUGAUCCCCAGAAAAACUUAGAGACUUCGUCUAACUACCAGUCGACAUCUCAGAAACUGAGCGGCCAGAAGGAACAGAAAAACUUAGAAUCAUCAACAAGCUUUCAAAUCCCAUCUCAGGACUUAACUAGCCAGAUAGAUCCUCAGAAGGAUAUAGAGCCUAGAGCAACCUACCAGAUCGAGAACUUUGCACAAGCGUUUGGUUCUCAGUUUAAGUCGGGCAGCAGGGUGCCAAUGACUUUUAUCACUAACUCUAAUGGAGAAGUGGACCACAGAGUAAGGACUUCAGUGUCAGAUUUCUCAGGGUAUACAAAUAUGAUGUCUGAUGUAAGUGAGCCAUGUAGUACACGAGUAAAAACCCCAACCAGCCAGAGUUACAGGUAA